ACCGCUUUUCAGCGAUCACGUGAAAAAAGCCCAUGACAUCGUCUCCAACAUGGAUGACACCAUCGAUCCCUGCACGGAUUUCUACGCUUACGCAUGUGGCCGUUGGAACGUCAGCGAUCAGGGUCAGGCUGGCGUCUUGAAAGCCAAGAUUUCCGUGCAGCUUCCAGAACUGUUUGACAAUGGAAAUUACACCAAUCCCACCGAGAAAAAAGCCACAAAUAUAUACAAGCAGUGCAUCCGCCAAGCUGAUGACCGACCAUUCGAUGACCGCAGUCUUGUGCGCGCUAUUGACGCGUUGUUAGGUGGAUGGUCGCUAUUGAAACGCCACCGCAGUGUGUCCGCAUUUCGCUUGGACGACGCUCUCGUUCGGUUGCAGCUGAACAACAUUGUGACUUUCGGCUCUCUUUCCGUAUCCCGAAACGUUCUAUCCGGAAACGAGAAUAUCCUGUUUUUUUCGAAGCCUUACCGCCUCAAGUGGCUGUGGGAAAUGGAUGCAUUGAUCAAUGGACAUGGCAACCUCACUGUAAGCAAUUUAACUGCGCAGCUGAUGAACAAAUGGACGCCGAUCGUGCAACGUUUACUGAAAGCUACCAAUGCAAGUGCAAACUGGUCAACUGUAAAAAAUCGACUGGAGAAAGCUAUUAGACUGGAUGUCAGGCUGGCUGUGGGGCGGAUUGAGAUUGGUACAGUUUGGACUUAUAAAGACCUUCAAAAGCGCUUAACGUUCGGUGACUUGUCUAGACCACCAUACCGUUCGCAGUUCCUAGCGUCCUUUUUGUCGCUGUUUAACACCAUGCUCAAAGCAUCUUCAGUGAAGUUUCAAGCCACUCCUACCACGACGUUUGGCGCCCCCGGCUUGGAGUAUCUUAUGACGUUGGAUCAGAUGAUGUCGCAGCUGGAAUGGGACGGGGAUGCCGGACAGACGGCACUGGCUGACUGGCUGUGGUGGACUGCCGUUUAUCACUAUCACCUUUCAUACCGAGGGAAGGGCACCUGCGUGCGGUUGGUAAAAGCGGCCAUGCCGCUGGCCGUGUCGAGAAUGUUCUUCAAGACAUAUAUACCGAGCAACGCCGUUGAAAAGGCAAAAGUGCUGACAUCCGAAAUUGCUAACGGAGUUCGCGACGCUGUCCUUCUCAAAGCGGCCUGGAUGGACCGGGCAACGCAGAAUGCCGCCCUGGAUAAGCUAAAUCAUACACUGCGGAUGAUCGGUUACCCCGAAGAGUUCUUGCACAAUUCGACACUCAUUGAUGAACUCUAUGCAAAGGUUCAAGUGGAAGUAUCAUUGUUCGGCACACUGCGUACUAUCGAUCGAAGCAACGGUUGGAUUAACCUGCGAAAACUCUCCCACACAGCCGCUCGCGAUGAUCCGUUUUAUCCGACCGAUGUGACCUUGCUAAGCGCCGAGAUGCUACCAGAGUUCAAUCGUAUUGUGAUUCCGGCGGCAUAUUUGCAGCCACCAAUGUUUUACGCGAGCGACAUGGACAUUAUUAACUACGCUCGCUUGGGCUAUAUCAUUGGGCACGAAUUCACCCAUGGUUUUGAUAUCGUAGGGAAAGAAUUUGGCAAUGAUGGCAAACCGUUUAGCUGGUGGACUAAUGUGACACAGAACAAUUACAAUACAAGGAAGCACACUUUAGUGAAUUUCUACAACAAUAUGAGCACGAAGACGGACAGUGUCGAUGGACUGCAAACUCUCGACGAAAAUAUUGCCGACAACGGCGGAUACCGCGCUGCUUACUUGGCUUUUCAUAAUUUUAUGCGUCGCACGAGAUUCCACAUCAAACUGCCGGGUUUGGAAUCCAUCAACGAGGAGCAACUGUUCUGGUUAAUAGGAGCUCAGACAUAUUGCUCCCGUCAUCCAACAUCGCUUGGCACAAUGCACGCACCAAACAGAUACCGGGUGAUGGGACCGUACAUGAAUAACGUGGAUUUCAGUUCAGCUUACAACUGUUCGCUGGGAUCCCCGAUGAACCCUUGGAUUAAGGCGUGGUAGAGGUGGUUUAACUUUUAUUUAGGAUAUCAUAAUACUGUACGGUGGUGAAAGGUGAUUUAAACAGGUGAUCACUGUAAAUUGGCAAAUGCUUCUUAGCUUCGCUUCAGUAUUCUAGUGGUAGCAUAAAGCGGAGCGCUUCCCUUCUUACUUGUUAGUAUACGUAGCAUUGAC